AUGAUUCUCUUUUUCUCCCCUCCUUCAGAUAUCAACCUUGCCAACGAGCCCAAACCUCACAGAUCGAAGACAGCCAAGCGAGCUGCAGGAGACAUGUACAGUCCAUCUAUUGAUCUGGAGUAUGACUUUCAAAGAGAUUACUAUGAUCGGAUGUACUCCUAUCAGGCCCGGGUACCUCCCCUCCCUCCUCCCCCUCUGUCCCGAGCCGUCGUCCCCUCGAAGCGCCCGCGGGUCAGUCUAAGCGGAGGGGGCAGCCGACGGACCAAAACCAGCUUCUCCUCCUCAAAGAACAGCCAGAGGACGUCCAGGAAUGUGAAGAGCGACGACCUGCAGGCCAUAAAGAGAGAGCUGACGCAGAUCAAACACAAGGUGGACUACCUGCUGGAGAGCCUGGAGCGCAUGGAGAAGGACCACGGCAAGAAGUCAGAGGAGGAGGAGAAGGAGGAGGAAGAGGAGGGGAGGAGACAGAGGAGGAGGGGGAGAGAAGAGGAGGAGGCGGAGGAGGAGGAAGAGGAGGGGGAGCAGGAGGAGGAGGAGAGGAGAGGAGACGGAGGAAAGGAGAGGGAGGAGGAGGAAGAGGAGGAGGAGGAGGAAGAAGGAGAGGACGACGGGGACAGCGCCAACGGAGACGACUCCUAAACACUACACAGUCAGACCGAGACACACACAACACACACACACACGUAUACAAAACUAAGUGUGUGUGAUUACAUUUCUUUCACCUGACUCAAACGCAGUGGCUACACGCUCACAUGUGCUGAGCUGACUGGACAUUUGUGUCGAUCAUUGAAGAUAUCUAACA